CACUUUCGUUCAUAAUAAUUUUUUUUAAAACUGUUUAUUUUCAGUUUUAUCAGUUUCUUUCUUUUUCAUAGGACAAAUAUUACAAACUCAUUGAACUUGAGUUCGAACUAUUACAACUGUUCAGACUUUAUAAAUUACAUCAACAGAAGAUUGUUUUUAGCUUUCCUUAUAUAAUAAACAAACUUAAUAAUAGUUUAAAUGUUAAAACUUCAAAGUCAUAUUUAAUUUCAACAGUGAUUGCAAUGUCUUACAGAUUAUGUCGCUCGGUGAAAGUAUUGGAGCCAUAUUUACUUAGAAUUUUAAGUAAUUUUAAAUUCCAUCCUGCUUUAAGAAGUUAUCCCCUGGGAUCUUUGUACCAUUUGCAAAGGCUGUGUGAGAAAGUUCCAAAAGGAUUUGAAAAGUAUUAUCCCAAUGGAAAGAAAGCAAAAAGUGAAUCACCACAACCCUCAGAAAAAGAGACUGAGGAUGUCACAAAGCCACCUUCACGAGAUGUUCCGAGCAGCAAGAAACCUGAAGACUGGAUAUUCAAGCUGAAUUUCGGAGGAAAAGGGUCGAAUAAAGGAAGGAAGAACCCUUUUAGUCCUGAUGAUGACAAUAAAACUGUUGCAUUUGCACUUUUUGGUACUCUGGGAGUUUUGGCACUGAUCGCUUAUAACGAAUUUCGAUACAAAGAAAUUACCUGGAAAGAAUUCAUUAAUUCUUAUCUUGCUAGAAAUUUAGUUGAAAAAUUAGAAGUUGUAAAUAAAAAAUAUGUUCGAGUAAAGUUUAUUCCUGGUAAUCAAUUAGAUAAUAAUAAAUAUUGGUUUAACAUUGGAAGUGUUGAUACUUUUGAGAGAAAUUUAGAAAAUGUACAGUUAGAAAUGAAUAUUGAGCCUGCUAAUUUUGUUCCUGUUGUGUACAAAACAGAAAUGGAUGGAUCUGGCUUAGUUUCAUACUUACCAAUGAUCAUUCUUGUUGGUUUUAUUGUAUGGAAUAUGAAAAAAACAGCUGGAAUGAUGGGAGGUGGAGGUAGCAGGAGAAUGGGAGGUUUGUUUGGGAUGGGAGAAACAACUGCUAAACUGAUCAACCCAUCUGAAAUAGGAGUAAAAUUCAGAGAUGUUGCUGGCUGUGAAGAAGCAAAAGUAGAAAUUAUGGAAUUUGUUAAUUUUUUAAAGAAUCCACAGCAAUAUACUGAACUUGGAGCAAAAAUUCCCAAAGGUGCUAUAUUGACUGGUCCUCCAGGAACUGGAAAAACGUUGCUUGCCAAAGCAACAGCAGGAGAAGCCAAUGUACCAUUCAUCACUGUAUCAGGUUCUGAAUUCUUGGAGAUGUUCGUUGGAGUGGGGCCCUCAAGGGUCAGAGAUAUGUUUUCAAUGGCAAGGAAGAAUGCACCUUGUAUUCUGUUCAUCGAUGAAAUAGAUGCUGUGGGCCGAAAGAGAGGCGGCAGAAGCUUUGGUGGUCACAGUGAGCAAGAAAACACUUUAAAUCAACUUCUAGUAGAAAUGGAUGGUUUUAAUACAACUACGAAUGUGGUUGUACUUGCUGCCACCAAUAGGGUAGAUAUAUUAGAUCACGCUCUGCUCCGUCCUGGUAGAUUUGAUCGACAAAUAUUUGUACCUGCUCCUGAUAUUAAAGGAAGAGCUUCUAUAUUCAAAGUACAUCUGCAGCCUCUAAAGACACUCAUUGACAAAAUGGACCUCUCUAGAAAAAUGGCUGCUUUAACACCAGGCUUCACAGGUGCUGAUAUUGCCAACGUGUGCAAUGAAGCUGCACUCAUAGCUGCGAGAGAUUUGAAUGAAAGUAUCAAAAUGCCACAUUUUGAACAAGCCAUUGAGCGAGUCGUUGCAGGCAUGGAGAAGAAAACGAAUGUUUUGCAAGUAGAAGAAAAACGAACUGUAGCGUAUCACGAGGCAGGACAUGCUGUUGCAGGCUGGUUUUUAGAGCAUGCUGAUCCACUUUUGAAAGUUUCUAUCAUUCCUCGUGGGAAGGGUCUAGGAUAUGCCCAAUAUCUGCCCAAAGAACAAUACUUAUACAGUAAAGAACAGUUGUUUGAUAGAAUGUGUAUGACCUUGGGAGGCAGAGUUUCAGAACAGAUUUUCUUCAAAAAAAUAACUACUGGUGCUCAGGAUGAUUUGAAGAAAGUUACUCAGAGUGCCUAUGCUCAGGUUGUUCAAUUUGGAAUGAAUGAGAAGGUAGGUCAGUUGUCAUUUGAUUUACCACAACCCGGAGAUAUGGUGAUCGACAAACCAUACAGUGAAGCCACUGCACAAAUCAUUGAUUCUGAAGUGAGAGAAUUGGUUGACAGGGCAUACCAAGCCACAUUGAAACUGCUAGAGAGUCAUAGGGCAGAUGUUGAAAAGGUAGCACUUCGACUGCUGGACAAAGAAGUAUUGAGCAGAGAUGACAUGAUUGAACUUUUGGGACCAAGACCUUUCAAAGAAAAAUCCACUUACGAAGAAUUUGUGGAAGGAACUGGUUCUUUUGAAGAAGAUACUACCUUACCCAAAGGAUUACAUGACUGGAAUAAAGAUGCCCCACCCCCUAAAGACACAGCGCCAUCUAGUACUUAGGAUUUAUAAAUUGUUGUGAUAUGGAUGUACAUAUUUUCAAAAGAGUUUUCUUCAGAACUGUAAUAUUUAUUCAAUUCCAUCGUUCUUACAGGGUGGCCCGUAAUAAAACUUAGUGAGGUUUUUAUAAAAAUUUGUUAAUUUUUAAUUCCAACAUAAUUAAGCUAAAGUUAAGAAGUUUUCUUUUUACCUUAUGUAACCAGCAGGCCACACAACAUUUAUGUUUUUCGAUUCUUAUUACCUCAGACAGGCCAUAUACGUUGAUACUUUUGCUUAAUUAAUGCGUUUAUGCUCUUAGGAUUUUAUUUUCUUUGUUACUUACUUUUGGUUUCGUAACUUUUAUGACAUUAAAAUGUUGAUUUAUAAAGUAAUUCGUGUAAUCGACAUUAUUUUGAUAAACGUUACCAAACUAAAACUAAGUUUACAUUUGACAAGAAAAAAGAAUGCAAAGUACAACAUAUUUUCAAAAUCAAUACAAAUUCUGUCCUAUAAGGAUAAUAUUGACAUCAUUUUAAAAACUGUUUGCACAUUAAAAAGGUUUUCCUUUCUUUAAAGUGAGCUGCCAAUAGUAUAGGUUUAAUCAUAAACAGAAAAAUACCAAAUAUAUGUCUGCACUAAGUAAUGAAAUCUGCCGUGAAUCCUAUUUGGAAAUUGGUUCUCGCAAAUUUCAGGUUGUUUUUAGUUUUUUUAGUUCUGUAGUUACAGCUUACAUUAGCAUAGUCAAAGAGAAUCAAAGUCGUUCAAUCUAUGCAAAUAAAGCUUUUUAUGGGCUUAAACAAUUUUUUAAAUCUUCACUACUAUGAAAAAAUACUAAAUUGUUUAGUAUAUAAAGCAUUCAUUCAACCAAUGUUUAUUUAUGUAUCUAGAACCUGACCAAAUUUGGAUCGAAAAAAAGAAAAACAGCCAUUAUUGAGAGUAAAGUUUUUUUCAGCUAUUUAUGGUGAAAUAGAAAUCAAUAAUGUUUAGAGAAGAAGACAUAACUUUGAGCUUUAUGAAAAUCUAUAGAGAGCUAGUUGUUGUUAAGUUCAUAAAAAUAAAACCUGGGCAGUUCAUAUAUUUAGAAUGGAUGAUGAUUCCAAAUGAAAAAUAAUUAUUUUUCCUUAACUACUAAUUAAGUAGAAAACGGGGUAGACCAAGAUUGAGAGAGGUGGAGUUUGUGGAAAAUGAUUUCCUCGCUAUCCAGGAAGGAAACUGACGCACAAGUGUCAAAACGAGUAGAAUGAGGAAUGAGCAGAAUGUUGAUGCAGUGGUGCAGAGUUCAGAUGAAGGCACUGGCUCACUCUGAGCUGUCUAGGCAAAUGUGAUGUUGUCGAAUUAUGAUGAAUGUUGAAUUAUAAAAAUUGCAAAAUUAUUCAUACAAUUAAGUUCUCACAGAAAAAUGAUUCAUAACUUAGGAAUAAAGAGAAAAGAUUGCUUCUUAGGUUUUCAAUCGUUAAAACCAAGUAAAUAUUUAAAUACUUAGAUUAUAGGCAAUACUUGGAAUUGCGAGGUUAUAGUUCAUGAAGUUCUUGCCGUUACAGUCUAUAAUACAAUUAAAGUGUGUGAUGGAAUUUUCAAAAUUUUAUUAUGUUCGGUCAAGUAAAGUACUGCUAAUUUGUUA